AUGUCUCUCCGCGUCCUCGUCGUCGGCAGCGGCGGCCGCGAGCACGCACUCGCAUGGCGUCUCGCCCGCUCGCCCCUCGUCGACCGCAUCUUUGUCUGCCCUGGGAACGGCGGGACUGCGCACGAGCGUAAGACCACCAACGUCGAUAUCUCGGCAACAGACUUCCCCGCUCUUGUCCAUUUCGCGGUCGCUAACAGCGUCUCCCUCGUCCUCCCUGGUCCGGAGCAGCCCCUCGUCGAUGGCAUCGAGGAGCACUUCCGCAAAGGUAACUUCGGCAUCCCCGUCUUUGGCCCCUCCGCCUUGGCUGCCCGCAUGGAAGGCUCAAAGGCGUUUUCCAAGGAUUUCAUGGCGCGGCACAAAAUUCCUACUGCGCAAUUCAGGGUCUUCAAGGCGGAAGAGGUCGACCAAGCCAUCGAGUACGUCAAGACCUGCGGCUUCAAGACCGUCCUCAAGGCCAGCGGCCUGGCCGCCGGCAAGGGCGUGCUCAUCCCGGAGACUCUCGACGACGCGAUUGCCGGCUUGCGCGAGAUGAUGGUCGAUCAUGUGUUCGGAGCAGCAGGGAGCGAGGUUGUGGUUGAGGAGCUGCUCACAGGCCCUGAGGUCUCUGUGCUCGCGUUCGCAGACGGAUACACCAUCGUGCCCCUCCCGGCUGCACAGGACCACAAGCGCAUCGGUGAGGGCGACACGGGCCCGAACACGGGUGGUAUGGGCGCAUACGCACCCGCUCCUGUUGCGACGCCUGCCGUCAUGAACCAAAUUAUGAAAGAAGUCUUGCAGCCUACCAUCGCGGGGAUGCGCAAGGAGGGCUUCCCAUUCAUCGGCAUGCUGUUCACGGGGCUCAUGCUGACGCCCUCCGGCCCCAAGGUGCUCGAGUACAACGUGCGCUUUGGAGACCCGGAGACCGAGGCGUUGAUGCUCCUUCUCAGCGAAGACACCGACCUCGCCGCUGUCUUGCUCGCCUGUGCCGAGCGUCGUCUUGAUUCCGUGCAGGUAAACACGCGACCGGGCUUUGGUGUCUCCGUUAUCCUCGCCUCCGAGGGCUAUCCGGGCAGCUAUGCCAAAGGCAACCAAAUUACUGUCGGCGAAUUGCCCUCAGGCGUUGUGGCAUUUCACGCCGGUACGACACAGAAGGGCGAUGAGGUCGUCACGUCUGGAGGACGGGUCAUGGCCGUAUCCGCCUACGCGCCUACACUGCGCGAGGCGCUCGACCUGGCGUACGCGGGCGUCGAAAAAGUGUCAUUUUCAGGGAAGGUGUACAGACGGGACAUCGGGCACCGGCGACCGGGCCUGACGUACGCGCAGGCGGGCGUCUCGGUGGACGCGGGCAACUCGCUCGUCGACGCGAUAAAGCCGCUCGUCCGCUCGACGCGCCGGGCGGGUGCGGACGCGGAGAUUGGCGGGUUUGGUGGCGUGUUCGACCUGAAGGCGGUUGGGUACACCGACCCUGUGCUCGUAAGUGGUACAGAUGGCGUCGGGACCAAGCUUCGUGUGGCGAUGGACGCUGGUAUUCACGACACCGUCGGGAUCGACUUGGUUGCGAUGUCGGUGAACGACUUGCUUGUCCAGGGCGCGGAGCCACUGUAUUUCUUAGACUACUACGCAUGCAGCAAGCUAGACGUGCCAGUCGCGACCGAAGUCAUCAAAGGUGUCGCAGAAGGCUGCAGACAAGCUGGAUGUGCUCUCAUCGGAGGAGAGACCGCAGAGAUGCCUGGGAUGUAUCUCGAUGGGGACUACGACCUUGCAGGCUUUGCGGUCGGCGCAGUCGAGCGUCAUCUCAUCCUACCCCAGCCCAACAUCGUCGAGGGCGACGUGCUCCUCGGUGUUCCAUCCUCAGGCCUGCACUCCAACGGCUUCUCCCUCGUCCGCAAAGUCGUCGCGCUCUCCGGGCUCACCUACGCAAGCCCUUGUUCUUGGGACGCAAAACAAACGCUCGGGCGCGCGCUCCUCGAGCCCACCCGCAUCUACGUCAAGCCCCUCCUCCGCGCCGCGCAGGCGGGCCUGAUCAAGGGCAUGUCGCACAUCACCGGCGGCGGCUUUACCGAGAACGUCCCCCGCGUUCUGCCCAAGGGCCUCGGAUGCCAUAUCGAUGCAUCAUCGUGGGAGCUCCCACCCGUCUUCCGCUUCCUCAUGCAGCACGGCGGCGUCGCGCCGCUCGAGAUGGCACGCACGUUCAACAACGGUGUCGGCAUGGUGCUCAUUGUCGACGGGCAGAACGUCGAUGCGGUGAUCCGGCUGCUGCGCGACGCGGGCGAGCGCGACGUGUACCGGAUCGGCGCGGUCACUACCGGGAGCGGCGUGCACAUGCAAAAUCUGGAUGCGUGGAAUGUGUAGCUCUAGGUGCGAGAUUAAUCCGACAACAGAGUAUUACAUGCAGCUGACGGCGUGGUACCGUAUACCUGCAGCUGUAUCGAUGGAUUAAAAAGUAGUGUAGUAACCAGACCUCGCAGGCGUGCCGCCACGGCAUAAGUUAUCGCGAAUGUAACGUAUACGUGAUAGAAGCAGCGACUGAAUGAAGAAAAUGAAUGUAAGCGGGUUGUUUUGCAGUAAUG